GGUUUUCCUCUCCUAUCUCUUGCAGGUUUUUUAUGUGGAGUCCCUUUUACUUCAUGUAGCCUGUUUUUCUUUCAAAUCUCUCUUGUAACCCUUCAUUUCCCCUUGCUCCUCUUAUCACUCCACUCUACCUGUUCCUCUGACCAACCCUUUCUCAUACCCCUAACUCUCUCCCUCCCUCCCUCCCUCCUUCUGUCUCUGGUGUAUUGAGGACUAAAUCAGGUCCACUAUGGCUGGCCCACACGCUCCACUACAUCCUUUAUGUUCCUAAUGAGAGCAGAGCAGGAAAUGGCAGCUCAUCGCAAUUAUGCACUUAAUUACAUUAGACUAUUUCUGGCACUUCCUGUAUCCAUAAGCUCAAUGAAUAUGAACAUUCCUCUUUUGUCCAUACAUUUUGGUUGUGGUGGCUGCCUGGGUAAUUUCUGCACCCAGAACCAAAUCAGUUAAUGUGAUGAGAGACAAGCGCAUGGGUACCUUUGCUCUUAAGGUUAUGGUAUUUUUAGAUGUAUUUUUAAGCAACAAUACAGUAUUAUUGAUAGGGCUCUACCUGUAUGACUAAAAUGAUUUGUUGUUGUUUUCCUUUCACGCUAUGUCGGCAGACAUUGAUCAGGCUACGCUAGCAUGGUUAUUGUUUGGGCUAUGAAACAGGAGACAGUCGUGUACAUAAAGCACUGAGCAGAUAGGUUGCAGGAGGACAGAGUUGGGUUGCAGGAGGACAGAGUUGGGUUGCAGGAGUAGGACAAUGGGGUCUUAUAUUGUGGCGCUCCUCUCUCUUCCUCCAGCUGAUUCCACUGGCACCCACUCCCUGUACACGGCCUACAGGGACUAUGAGAUUAUGUUCCACGUGUCUACCCUGCUGCCCUACACACCCAACAACAAACAACAGGUAAGGAAGGGCUCCAUGAUAUCACAUAAUAAAUUAAUAUCUAAGUGACAUGCUUUAGGAUAACAUGAUAUGCCAUAGAUGGAUUCAAUUAUUAAUCAAGUUUAAUGCUGCCAUGUAGAAGAAUAGGAUAUUCAUUGAGAUAGUGUAAUUCUUGUACGGUUAUACCAUGUUUGUCCUUGCUGUGUUGUAGUUGCUGAGGAAGAGACACAUUGGGAAUGACAUCGUUACCAUAGUGUUCCAGGAGCCGGGAGCGCUCCCCUUCACCCCCAAGACCAUCCGCUCCCACUUCCAACACGUGUUCAUCAUCGUCCGUGUGCACAGCCCCUGCUCCGACAAUACCUGCUAC